UUUGCUGGCAGGGGACACAGCAUUGGCAUUCGGUUGGUUGAAGACUUUUUGGCUCACUCUGCAGUGAAGAAAUGUCGAAGUUAUUCUGAAACAGCAGAAGUAAUCGCACAGGUUGCCUUUAAGAUGUAUCUAGGUGUCACCCCUACAGUAACUUGCAGUAACCCGGCAAGAAAUGAGUUUUCUCUCAUUCUGGAAAAGAAUCCCUUAGUGGACUUUGUGGAGGAGCUGCCAGCAGGAAGAUCUUCACUUUGCUAUUGCAGUCUUCUCUGUGGUGCCAUUAAAGGUGCUCUGGAAAUGGUACACCUAACUGCUAAAGUUACUUUCAUUCAAGACACUUUAAAGGGGGAUGAUGUGACGGAAAUUGGAAUAACAUUCCUAAAGAAGAUCGAAGGCAAGAAACACACAAAAAAUAAUAAGUGAAACCAGUAACUGAAGUACCUGAGUAUGGAUACCUAACCAAUUCAUCUUCUAUAAUUCCCUAGAAUCUUCCUGAUCCAGAAGGGAGAAUCCACAAAUCCACUGUGAACAGGUCCCUUUUUGGAUUAGCCUCUGCAUGCCAAAAGGUUUAUAAGGAGCAAGAACUCCACAUCCAACACACACACACACACACGGAACAUAAAAGGGUUCUCCUGAAGAGACAGAAACAGUUGAGUUCCAGGUACAUACAGACAUUUCUGCUCCCUCAAAAAUAUUCCUGCAUGUCUAUGUCACGAGGUUCUGCUACACAUGCUCUGACUAGGUAGAAUUAUUUAGAUGGAUGGCUUUGAGGAGCAGGGAUUUCUUAGUAGUGGAAUGGCUGGACUGAAUUUGAAACGAUUGAGUGAGCAGAGAAUGAAUAGGGACUCUUCAAAUGAACAAGAAAUCUGUAUGCCCAUUUGAGCACACACAGAUAUUUUUGGACUCACAUUUUUAGAUACAGGUAUUGUCCUGUUACUUUGUUGGCAGAAUUCCAAGAAACACAGGAGACCCUCAGAUUUUCUGCUUGUCCAGGAAAAUGUUAGAAUCAUAGAGUUGCAAGAAACCACAAGGGUCAUCCACUUCAACCCCCUGCUAUGCAGAAACUCAUAACCAAAGCAUCCCUGACAG